AUGCUUGAAGACAGGGGGUGGACUAUUCGGCUUCAGCCGCCGGCAACAGCUGUCGCCGCAUCACCUGAGUUCAGGGAGUUCAGCCGUGCUGCUGCGCCGGCUGCUUUGCCCGACCCAGACGAGAACUCUGCUUUCCUGCAGGAACUUUUGGUGCGCGAUGAUUUUGAGGUCUGGGGCCGUCCGGUGCUUUCGUAUGACGGAUGGUUGGGGUGGAGCGCUCAGGAGUGGCUUCAGCAUUGGUUUGCUUUGGAGGAGAGCGAGCAACCACCGGAGAUGCGGACUGCUUUGCGUUGGUGGCGUUGGCAACAGCAGGUCACUGACAACAAGGACGUUGUUGCCAGUGAGACGGUGGAGACUUCGGGGAGAUUUCAGAGUGCCUCUGAGGCUGACCCUCCACCCGGUUUCGAUGCUUCCCCGGCUACUGAAGAGCAAGCCCCCACCCUGCCAGCUGACGAUUCUGAGGUGCCGGAUCCAGUUCUUGAAGGGAGGUACCUGUGCCGACCAAUUAUGACAAGGCCAAGCGUCAUGCCCAGCAUCGCUGCCAGCAAUGCUGGCACCUGUUUAAAACCACCUUGCGGUGAAGGUCUACGGGCCGUGCGCAUUUUGCUUUGGGGAUGA